UCUCUCUCUCUCUUUCUCUAUUUCAGUGGCAGUCUCUUCAGUCGGUUCAGUGUCUCUUCUUCUUACUGCUUUUGCUUUGUUUUCCUUCCCCAUUUACAAGCAACAUCAUCGUCGUCACCAUCGUCGUGAUUAUCGCCGCUAAUUCAAAUUCUAGGGUUUCUUUCUUUCUCGAAAAGCAAAAACCCUAGUGACUAUUAACUUACUGUUGCAGACAUCUCUCACAACCGUUCUUGCUAACAUUUCCGCGUAAUGGCUGGAACCCUAGAUUCUAGCCCUAAAAUAACUUCGGACAGAGUUGAGACCCUAGAACCCAACUCCAAUGUGGUCUCAGCAGCCUCGGAGAAUGCGAGGGAGAGGAACAGUUCAAGAGCGGAGAUUGACACGUCGCCGCCGUUUGAAUCGGUGAAGGAGGCUGUUAACCUUUUCGGUGGGAGCGGUGUUUGGAGACCCCAUCAUAAGAUCAUGGGAGCCGAGCAUGGCUUUGAGGAGAUUGACAUAGCAAAAGUGGAGGAACAAGCAGAACAUUUGGGGAAGGACUUGAUCGUGAAAGAGAGGGAAACACUUGAUGUCCUAAAAGAACUUGAGGCAACAAAGAGGGUUGUGGAGGAUUUAAAAUUGCAACUUCAGAAAGAAGCAUCUGAAGGGACUGCAAGCGUGCAAAUAGAUUCAGAUGAAACGAAGACAAGUCCUCCUGUUGAGGAAAAGGAAAAGCAAAUUCAGGAAUGUACAUUUGAGACUGAUCAGAACUCAGUGGUUGGUUUGAGCCUGUGCCCCACUUCUUCUCCAGUCCUGAUAUUAAUGGAACUGAAGCAGGCAAAAAUGAAUCUUAAUAGAACGACGAAUGAUAUUGCUGAGAUUCGAGCUUCUGUUGAAUCACUAAACCAAAAACUGGAAAAGGAGAGACUCUCAUUAGAUAAGACCCGUGAGAGGCUAACUUCUAAUUCUUUUAGGAUUUCAUCUCUAGAAGAGGAGCUAAACCAAACGAAACUGAAACUGCAACAGGCCAAAGAUGCUGAAAUCAAAGGUGUUUCUGAGAAUCCUACAGAUAUUUCAAGGGAGCUUCAACAAUUGAGCUUGGAGGCUGAACAAUUUAAGAAAAUGGCUGAAGCUGCAAAAUCUGAAGUAAUGAAGGCAAUGUCAGAGAUUGAGCAGACCAAAACAAGCAUUAGGACUGCUGAGAUCAGAUGGAUUGCAGCUAAAAAGACGGAAGAAGCAGCUAGAGCAGCUGAAGCUGUUGCUCUGGCAGAGAUAAAAGCUCUAUCAAAAAGUGAGAGCUCCUCUGGGGUUUCCCUCCCGAAGUCUGAACUAAUAACUCUUUCUUUUGAAGAAUACUCAUCCCUAACCCAGAAAAUGCGAGAAGCUGAGGAGCAUUCAAGGAGGAGGGUUGUAGAAGCCAUGAAUCAAGUUGACGAAGCAAAUAUAUCUAAGAUGGAAAUAUUAAAGAAGGUUGAAGAAGCAACAGAAGAAGUUAGAAUGAGUAAAAGGGCCUUAGAAAAAGCUCUAAACAGAGUAGAGGCUGCAAAUAAAGGGAAGCUUGCUGUUGAAGAUGCUCUCCGAAAAUGGAGAUCAGAGCAUGGUCAAAAGAGGCGCUCAGUGCAUAACAAUACGAAAUUCAAGAAUUCUUGCUCAUCUGUCCAUCGGAGAGAUUCUCGGCUGCUUGAUGUCAAUGGGCUGAACCUGGUUAGUGAUGGAUCAAAGCCUGUCUUGAAGCCAACCCUCUCAAUAGGGCAAAUACUGAGUAGAAAGUUGCUUCUGCGAGAAGAGUUUGAGACUGGCCAGGUAGAAGUCAUCACUGAGAAACCAAAAGUGUCACUGGGUCAGAUGCUUGGUAAAAGUAAUGGGGUUCUUUCUCCUCGGAAGAUUGAGAAGGAUGGAUGUGGUCACAAACAGUUAUCGGCAAAGCGGAAGAAAUCUGGCUUUGCACGGUUUUCCCUCCUCCUGACCAAGAACAGUAAGAAGAAGAAGAAGCAGCGAAAUUCCUACCCUGAACCUGAAGUAAUGUGAUGGUGAAUACAUUUACUUAUUUUUGCUGACUCACUUUGGUUUUUUCCAUCUCUUCCUGUUCUGAGAAUUGUGUCUGCUUGUUUUUACUUGUUUGUAUUUCACAUCUUAUUAGUUAUGGUUCUUGUUUGUAAGGAUGUUUAUCAUAUGUUGUCAAUUCUAUGAGGCGAGCUGAUGUAUAAAUAGCAUAGUUCUUAA